GUGGGCGACCGCGGCGUGGCGCAGCGCGCGCGCCGCUGUCAGUCGUGUUUGGUUAUCAGUGGCGCGCGCGUGUCGGAGUGCGUACCGCGGACGUUUUGAUAUGUGCCCGCUCACCCGAGUGUGCGGCUUGUGUAACCUUGUGUUUGUCUACAUCACACCAUGACACAAGAAGAGUGUUGCACCCGGCUCGACUACGAGCUCCAAUCGUCUUCCGGAAAUGUUUCCGACGAUGAUGGUGUUAUCAUCAGAAAGGACAGGUCUAGUGUUAAGGAUAUGAUUCUCCGCUUUGAAAGGAGCAACUUAAACAAUUUCGGUGGAUCUCGAGAAUCAAUAGAUAAGUGCAAAUCACCUUUGGGAAGUUUAACAAAUGUAGCUCAUCCGAUACAAAGCCAUUUCCCGCAUUUGUACCCAGUGGCGAAGUCUCAAGAUAGAAAUUCGAAUAUAUCUGUGAAUUCAAUUUUAUCAAAUACUUCAGAACGUAGUUUCGAAUCCAGUUCCUCAGGUUUCAUUUCAGACCGGAAACCAGGAGAUGUUAUUGUACCACAUAGACCUGCACCACCACCACCACCACCACCGGACCAAUUUAAGGAUGACCCUACACCGGAGACGGAGGAAAGGGAAUCACCUGUUCCAGAAGAAACUAAAUUUGUAGAACGACGUUAUUCCUUUGCCACCCCAAACUCAUCGCCUGUGGUCACGAGACGAUCUCGACAACCACCUGUUAUGAGGAAAAAAUCGAAUGCAAGUCAAGGACAUCCUGGGGAAAGGCAUUGGUCUUACGGAGUUAAACAGAGUGAUCUAGAAAAAUUGUUAAGACUUAAGCGAUCAGACCCAUCAGACAAUGAGGAAGAGGCGCCAAGUCAUGAACACAAUGAUGAGUCCACGGACGAUAGUUCGGACAGUAGUAGUGAUUCCAGUGACAAUUUGAGUAACGGCAAGGAGUAUGUAGUGAACAUAGAUGACGGUGCAGCGGAGACGCUGUCUGCUGAUCAUUCUACAGACACUUUGAUAAACGAAGAAAAUAGUGAUGAAAUAAGUGAACGAGGAGACGACGCGUCAGUCUCCUCUGGUGACUUUGGUGAUCGUGCUAAUUAUGACAAUGUUAGUAUUAAGUCGAUAUCGUCCUUCGACAUGGUUCCGUACCAGAAGUACGACAGUAUUACUGUAUCUUCAGACGAGUUCGGCUCUGAGGUAUGCCAUGCGCCGGACUCAGAGUUCCUUACUGUGAGUGCAGUGAACGAAUGGUGUAUUUCCAAGUCUACGGAACCGGUAUUGAUGCCGGUGGAAUCGAAAAAGGAGAAAUAUCGCAGACGACUCACAGAACGAGUGAACGAGCUGGUUCAUACGGAGAACGUCUACGUGGACAGGUUGAGACACGUGGUAGAAGACUACAUGCCCAACAUGAGAAGAUCAGACAUAUCCCCCUACUUCCGAGCGCUGGAGGCAGAUAUUUUCGGCAAUAUCGAGAAGAUCUUCAGGUUUCAUUCUGAAGAGUUCCUCCCUGCUUUAAGAGACUGUGAAAAUGAUCUUAGGAAGCUGGGACAGUGUUUUAGGCAUUACGAAAAGAGAUUCAAUAUGUACGUAAUGUACUCUAGGAAUAAUAAGAGAGCGACGAGACUGGUAUUCGAACACAAACAGUUUUUCCAGGGAAUACAAUUAGAAUUAGGAGAUCGAUUAGAUCUGUCAAGUUACCUACUUGAGCCUGUGCAAAGGUUACCCAGGUACAAGUUGUUCUUGGCUGAUUUAGUAAAAACUUAUUCAAAUUAUGAGAACGAGAGGAGUGAAACUGAGUCGAGGAUAUCGAAGCUGAGUGUGGACAGCGAUGAGACUGGCGGCAGCAACGGAGAGUCUUCUGACAACGAUGAGACUCCUCUGGAAAGUCUGAAGCUCGCGAAGACCACUGUUGAAUGUGUUUUAACAGCAGUCGACGAGAUAAUGGCAUUGGAGAAUAUCACGGACUGUCCGCUAUAUUUGAACCUGCUGCACCAGGGCCGCCUGCUCCGACAGAACGAGUUCUACGUGAUGGACACUGCGCGCCGCCGCCGGCAACUAAUGAGGAUAUUCCUCUUCGACAAGCUCGUACUCAUCACUCUAGUCUAUAGAAAGCAACCGAGGGUUGAGUACUUCAUAUACAAGGAUGACAUACCGGUAGAUGACCUGGGGAUUACUGCGAAGGAGCAUGAUCAGCACAAGUUCACGAUCUGGUACAAGAAGAGGAACCUCAAGUCUUAUAAGUUGGAGACCAGCGAUCCGGCGAUACGGAACGCCUGGGUCGAGGGCAUCACGUCACUCCUGUGGGAACAGGCUAUGCAGAAGAAAGAACUACUCCUGCAGCAGCGUAACAAGAGGAUAUCAAUGGUGUCCAUGAACAGCGAGGAAUCAGCAGAAUCAGAGAGAAACGAUGACAAAUGUACCGCCUCUGCUCCAAGUCUGUUAGAUGGUUACGUUGUCGUGAAGUUGCACCAAUGAAUUGCUUUGUAGAUAAUUCUCUGCGAGGAGUGCCAGGAGAGGUCAAGAGGUUAGGAAUCACAGACAAGAAAGUGAGAAGAACUACUUGGUACUGCGAAUGAGUGCCACACUAUUAAAACCACCUUGAUUCUCUUGACUUUCCUGCAGAGGAAAUAGGACUAAGUUCCCAACUUCACACGACGGGGAAUGUGUGUGUUUAUGUGUGGCAACGUUGCUCAAAAAUAAACGAACAAAUUUUGAUAAAGUUAUUUUAAAUAUUGUCAGAAUUUUAUAGAAGAAUGUCAUUAUAUUGAUUUCUGAUCGACUGAUAACGAUACCAUUGAAUCCUUGUAUUCAGGAUUGUAAAUUAUUAUCACAAUAACGAUAUUUUUAAUGUAACUAAACCCACUUUUGUACCAUAUGUUUUAGUUGAUAGUUAUAAAUAAGAAAAUAAAAUAGAUAAAACUCUUUGUUUAGUUUGCAAAACGAAUUCAAUUUUGAAAGUUGUAGAAAGAAUGGAAUAGUACAGAGUAACAAAAACAAAUAUUAGAAUAGCGCUGUGGAUAAAUCCAAAGAAAGAUUUUAUGGAAAUAUAAAUAAAUUCUGUUAAAUUGUUACUUAAGAUUUAUUGGGAAUAACAGACGGAGUAGAAACUGUUGCAGGAUAUAAAUAAAGAAGAGCCAAAGCAUCGCAAUAGAAAUUUUACGAUAUAUGAGAAAUGUGAUAAAACGUUAUUCGAAAAUGUAUUAUACUUUAUACUUUAUGUUAUCAUGGUAAUUUCAGUCAUUAUUUUAUGGGACGUAUAUUGUUAGAGUGUUAUUUAGUUGUUACGUCACUAUUUUCUUUGUAAAUAAAUAUUAUUGUUACAAUAAACAUUAUAUCGUCCGAUGUAAAUUAAUUAUGUAAAAAUGUUAAUUUAAUUAAACAUAUAUUAAAUAAAUGUAUUAUUUUCAUCA